GUUCUCCUUGUCCAAGACCUUUAUAUAUAUUUUCAUUCUCCAUAAGAACUACAACAUCCAUCUCUUCACCUCAUAAAAAUGGAACGUCUUGACUCCAUAAUCCACUAUUGGCUAGUUGGCCACCCAAUUAUCAGUCAAUUUGAGUUUAAGCAUGGACAAACUUUUGGUUCCACCUGGUUAUUUCCCAUAGUGUCAAUGUUCAUUUACUUGUCUCUCACUAUACUAUCUCUCCGCUUCCCAUCACUACUUCCCACCGUUUCCGCCACCAUCCUCCGCCUCAUCACCGCCACCCACAGCCUCAUCCUCUGUAUCCUAUCGUUUAUAGUGGCCGUGGGGUGCGGCCUCUCAGUCCUCCACCAGAUGGCAGCCCACGUCCACGACUGGACUUGGGUCAUCUGUUUUAACAGGUUAAAUUAUGAAAAUACCCUUCCUCAAGGACCGAUCUUCUUUUGGGGCUACGUGUUCUACCUUUCUAAGAUUCUUGAAUUCGUAGACACCCUUUUGAUCCUACUUAGUAAAUCACGGUCUCGACGACUCACGUUCCUCCACGUGUACCACCAUGCAUUGGUGCCACUUUUGUGUUAUGUUAGUGUUGGAACUGGCCAGUCCAUGUUGCAUGCUGGGGUGAUCACUAAUGCUUCGGUUCAUGUGCUAAUGUACGCUUAUUAUUUCCUCUCUGCAAUUGGAAAAAGUCCAAGGUGGAAGAAAUUGGUGACUGACGUACAAAUUGGGCAGUUCAUGUUUUGCUUUGUGUGUUUGGGCGCACUGAUGUAUUAUCACUUGACUAGUGAGUUUGGUUGCUCUGGGAUAGGGAUUUGGUUCUUCACUUUCAGUUUUAAUGUCUCACUUUUAGCACUUUUUCUCAACUUUCACUUCAAGACCUAUGCCAAGAACGCCAAGAAAAACCAUGAAGAGAUCAAGCUGGAUAAGCAGACAUAAUUAUAUAUGUUGUGACUUGUGAGUGUGUGGUUUGUUAUAAAUUAGUGCAGUAUUGUAUUGUUUUAUCUCUACGGGACUUUGGAAUUAAUCCAUGCGUUCAGAUGCUUAUUUUAUAGUGAAAUAUCAUAAACAUAUGUAAAAGGUUGAUGUACUGUGGUUGAAAUUUCGAGGUGGUUUCAAAGUUUAUCAUC